GAGCAGCCUCGGGCUCAGGACCCGGACAGACCAUCACUACUCCACCCAGAGGAUUUCAAGGCUUGAGGAGACUUUUCAAAGCCUGAAGAAUCCAACCAUCAUUUUACAGCUUAUAAAACACCAGGGUUUUUCUGUUUCCUUCAACUUUUGGUUGUCCUUAUUUUGGAUCAAAAUCCACUUUUUUUAAAUCCCUUAUUUUUUUUUUUACCUCAGACUUUUUUUUUAUUUAAUCUUCCAGAAUGUUUCCAGAAACGCACAAGAGCUUCAGCUACGAGGACUGCAAGGCCACUGCUGAUUGGCUGCUGACGCAGACCGACAUCCGACCCUCUGUGGGCAUCGUGUGCGGCUCGGGCCUGGGAGGGCUGGCCGACAUGUUAAAGGACCAGGUGGCCUUCAACUACAAGGACAUCCCUAACUUUCCCCAGAGCACCGUCCACGGGCACGCGGGGAGGCUGGUGUUUGGCACCAUGAAAGGAAGGCCCUGUGUUUGCAUGCAGGGCCGCUUCCACCUCUACGAGGGCUAUCCCAUACAGAAGAUCACUCUGCCUAUGCGCAUCUUCAAGCUCCUCGGCGUUGAGACGGUGAUAAUCACCAACGCAGCCGGAGGCCUGAACCAAGACUUCAAAGUGGGCGACAUCAUGAUCAUCAAAGACCACAUCAACAUGCCGGGGUUCGCCGGCAUCAAUCCGCUGGUCGGACCCAACGACGAAAGGUUCGGCGUGCGGUUCCCCUGCAUGUCUGACGCUUACGACCGCGACCUGCAGCAGCUGGCCAUGGAAGUGGGACAGGAGCUGGGAUACGGAGACUUCUUGAAGGAGGGCGUGUACUGCGUGCUGGGCGGACCGUCGUUUGAGACGAUCGCAGAGUGCCGGAUGCUGCACAUACUGGGCGCCGAUGCCGUUGGCAUGAGCACAGUCCACGAGGUGAUAGUGGCCCGUCACUGUGGCAUGCGCGUCUUCGCCCUCUCUUUGAUCACCAACUUGGGGGUGAUGGACUACGACAGCGAGGAGAAGGCCAACCACGAGGAGGUGCUCCAGAUGGGCAAACACCGAGCGGAGCAGAUGGAGCGGCUAGUUUCCUCCCUGGUGAACCGGAUUGAGCCCAACAACAACUACAUCUGAGGGGGACACUGGAGGACAUUUAAAGCCGGUUAUUGUUUUAAGUCAUCGUGCCUAAGAGAUGUAUCUGGGAUUUGCGGUAAAUAUGGCAAAAAAAAAAAAAACAUUUUGUCUCUUUGACCCCAAGGACAUGCAUUCCCCUUAAAGGCGUGGCUCCACAACAAGUCACUUCUCAGCUUUUUGUUUCAUUUUUUUUGUAUUUUUACGGAAUAUUUGUUCUAACUUAUAUGAUCAUCUUGUAAAAUAACUACAAUUUAACUUAACAAUAAUCGUAAAUUUGCUGUACCAAUCUUAAUAUGUGGUUGAGACAUGUACAUUGUAGUUAUUUUACUGCUUGUUUUUUUUAAUAACUGUUGGUACUAAAAGUGCUAUUUAUUAAAAUGUUCAGUUUGCGUGGUGAGCUAGGGUAUGGAUGGUGGCUACGGAGCCAGACACAUUUUCAUUUAUUUUUUUUUUUUUUAUUUCUUGGCACCUCUGGUAAAGAUCUGUAAUUUGGAUUUCUGGUUAAGAAAUGCCCGUUUGUUUUUUGUUUUUUUUGUUUUUUUUACUAAAUUACCAGCUCCAGAAUGAUUUACAGCCUCGACAUCUCUUUGAAAUAAAUACUACUUUAACUUAAGAAUUUAUGCGUUUUGAUCCGACCAGAAACAAAAAAAAAAUUUUUCAAUUAACAAUCCAAGACCUCGUCUCUCUUUCAUCUACUCUUCCAAAUGUGAAAGACAAGAGAACAUGGCUUUCAAGUAAGGCACACAGGACAUGUCACCUAUAUUCUGCGAUCAGGGCAAUCCAUAAAAAGUUUUAAACUCGAAUGUGACAAGCAAGGCCGCAUGGGGACUCGUGUUUAUCUUGCUAGCCCCAGCAGUAAACAUGGCAGCGAGGUAAUUUAAAAAGGAAUCUGCAGCAAAGCGUAGCACCUCAUGUCUCCAUCGCUAAACGAUUAUUUAGAUGACAGAGCUGUUUGGCAGUGAUCCAACUAAAAAGCUUUUUUGUCCUAAUAUCAGAAACAAAAGUAUUUAACUGAAACCAUGAGGUCUGAGGCAAAGCAACAACCAGGUGGGUUUGGCAUGAGGUGAAUAAUCAGCAGCUCACGUCCGCUCUUAGGUAUAUUGGAGGAGUCACGACGUUGCUUUUCUUUUAGAGACCCUAGAAACCUCGUCACAGCGCAGGCCAUCAUGAACUCUUUCAAACAUCGGGACAUUUUAAAUAAACAUCUGGUGAACUCUACCAACAAAGUAAAUAUGUUGAUCUCCAGGGUUUCUGCAGGAGUCACCCUACUCAAAAUUAAAACCUUUUAAGGACCAUAAUAAAGGUUUAAGACCUUAUAUCCCAACGUACAGAAGGAACUGCAGUCAUAAAAUUACUCGCAAAGUAGGUGAACUUAUUCAAAUUGACCAAAAGAUUAUAGUUACUAGUUACAUUUACUCAGUUACAUUACAGUAACUUUUUGACCAAAAAAAAAAAACACCCAUACUUUUAGGAGUAUUUUUACUGCAAUGUUUUCUUUUUCCUUUUAAUAACAUUAAGAAGUAUCGCUACCGGAGUAAAAUUUUUGGUAACUCUACCCACCAUGAGUAACUUUCCUGAAUGAAAAAAUAGGCUUGUUCCAACCAAAAAUGCACCAGAGAGACCCUUAACAUUUAAUGUUAAAGUGAAACUUCUUGUCUAUACACAAGCUUUGUUGUUUUAAUGUUAUUUCCUGUCUACUGAGCCUGCUGUGUCACUUGGUGGUCAAGUUAAUAAACUAUGGACGGUGGAUAUUGUCACUGGAAGGACUUGUUCUAACAAAUUACCUAGCUUAAGUAACAGACAUUGCCUACUGCAAGAAUUGGUUUCAUAAGUUUGUUGAAGAAAAAAAAAUGGAUUUGGAAAACUUUGGAAUAUUUUUUUGUUAUUGUUGUUGUUGGAAUUAUGUUGUUUUUAUGUAACUUUUAUUCCAGAAUUUGCACAUAACCUUAUAUUUUUCUCUGUCUGGUUGUCUAAUUUAUUAAUAUUGAAUCAGAUCUUAUGAUCCAGCCGUUACUACUUGAGUAACUAUUUGACCAAUUCUUCAAUAAAUAAAAUAAAAUGUGUCAGCAAU